AUGGCGUUCUUUGAUUUAGAAGAAAUGUCGUUCUUCGACUCCCAAUCCACAACCCCGACGAGGUUGAGCUUUGAUCACUCCCAUGAUCAGGACGAGCAUAUUAAGCGCUUAGAAACGAUACCAAGUGUCUUCCAAGAUAGCCAUGGCGAAAGACACAACCCGGUUGAUUCCAGCCCGAGUCGCUCUCGACGAAGUUCGGAUACGAAAGCAGAAGAAGAUUUAGAAAAGGAGGCCGGAUUCGCAGCCCCCGCUUCGUCCAAAGAUGCUGCCCCGGAAAAAGAUCCUAAUUUAGUCGAAUGGGAUGGUCCCGAUGACCCUGAGAAUCCCCAGAAUUUCUCGCCUGCCCGAAAAUGGGCCAUCACCAUGUGUCUUUCUUCUCUUACGAUAUGGGUCACCUUUUCGACUAGUGUGUUUAGUCAGGCUACCCAGGUCACUGCCGCCGAGUUUGGUGUAUCAGAUGAGGUCAUGAUCCUGGCAACCAGUCUACCACUUUUUGGCUUCGCACUUGGUCCGUUGUUAUGGGGUCCCAUCUCUGAACUGCUCGGCCGAAAAAGGCCAUUGUUCUUUGGAUUCUUGGUCUUUGUCAUCUUCCAAAUCCCCGUCGCCGUUGCUCAGAAUCUUGAGACCAUUAUGCUUUCUCGUUUCUUUAUUGGUUUCUUUGGCUGUGCUCCUUUGGCUAUUGUUGGAGGAGCUCUAGCUGAUAUCUGGGACCCUGUCGACCGAGGAGUAGCCAUGGCCUCGUUUGCUGGUGGUACUUUUGGCGGUCCUACUUUGGGUCCUAUUCUUGGUGGCUUCAUCGUUCAAUCUCAUCUUGGCUGGAGGUGGACUGCUUGGAUUACCUUGAUUGCCGCUGGUUUCUUCAUGGUCAUCGCUUUCUUUGUUGUCCCCGAGACAUACCCUCCUGUCCUCCUUCAAAAACGCGCAGCUCGUCUACGAGUCGAGACUAAGAACUGGGCAUUUCACAGCAAGUUGGACGAGAACCCUCCCAAGGCCGGCGAUAUUCUUACCCGAUAUGUCUCGCGCCCUUUCCAGAUGCUCUUCCUCGAGCCUAUUCUACUCUGCGUCACCAUUUACCUCGCUCUCAUCUAUGGUAUUUUGUAUCUGCUUUUUGAGGCCUAUCCAUACUCCUUCCAGGAAAUUCGUGGCUGGAAGAGUGCCGGUGUGGCUGCCUUGCCAUUCUUGGGUAUCUUGAUUGGAGUCUUGCUUGGAUGUGCUUUCAUCAUCUUCCUGACCAAGACUAGAUUUGCCCGCAAGAUGAAGAAGCACGGACGUGUCGUUCCUGAAGAACGUCUAGUACCCAUGUUCCUUGGCUCCGUUCUUCUGCCUAUUGGUCUCUUCUGGUUUGGCUGGACAUCCAACAAGGAUGUCAGCUGGGUACCUCAAGUGAUUGCUGGGAUUCCCAUCGGAGCCGGUAUUCUUAUCAUCUUCAUGCAAGGAUUGAACUACAUGAUUGACGUGUACUUGAUGUUUGCCAACUCCGCUAUUGCCGCCAACACUCUAUUCCGAAGUGCUCUCGGUGGUGGCUUCCCACUCUUCGCUACGCAAAUGUACAAGACCCUUGGCGUUCCAUGGGCAACCAGUCUUUUGGGAUUCUUGACUGCUGCUAUGAUUCCCGUUCCGAUUUUGUUCUUCUUCUAUGGAGCCAAGCUCCGUGCCUUGAGUCGCUUCAACCCGAGGCUAUAA